AUGCUUUACGGUGAAGACUUUUCUCGCUGCAAAGUACAUUCGUUAUUUAAAAGUGAAUUAAGUUGCUUAUAUUUAGCAGAUUUUAAACGCAUAGUACAAAACACAGUUGGCGGAUUUAUGAGCGGUGUUGACAGCCAAACUGCUCGAAUUCAAUACAGAGAUGAUGAAAAAACGUUUGUUACCAUGAUGGAUGAUUCUGAUCUGAAAGAUGCAAUACGAUGCUUGACAGCAGUGCCAAAUACAGAUGGCAUGUUUAGAAUGUGUGUGCGAGUUCACAACAAGGUUACACCUAUUGGAAAGAAUAGAAAUGCUUCUAAAACAAAUACUACAACGCCAAUGGAAUCAGGUACUGAAAAUUUUACUUUUGAUCGCUUUUAUAAUGAUCCUGAUAAUCAGAAUAAUUGUUCUGAAACAAUCCGUAAACGACGACUUGACUUUUAUAAAGGGAAACAAAUAGACAAAUCGGAAAUUUUUAUGAGUAAUACGCAACCAAAAACGAAGCGUACGCAUACUGCAAAUACAUCCACAAUCACGAAAGUUCGGCCAACUUGUCAUGAAUUACACGAGCCCGAAACUCUUAUAAACACUCCGAUCCAAAGAUACUUAGCUAAAACUGAACAAAAUAUUGAAGAAAAUUAA